UCAAAACCAUCAAGGCCUCUAGAUAUUCUUUUACUAGCAGUCUAGGAGGCAGCACUUGAGCCACUCAACUCAACUCCGCAUUCAACAAGAGGCAGCAGAUCAUUCCAAUUCUCAUACCCAUUUUCCCUUCAGCUUUGCAUCAUUCAUCAUCUCUUGCAAUACUACCAGUGGAUAGAAGGAAGAGAAGGCAGCUGGAAUGGCUUCUUUGCAACACACAAGUGUCAAUACCACAGUUUUAUGCAAAAAAGGGGCGAUUUCCGUAGUGGGUGUUUCGGCUCUUCCGUCGUCACUGCCAAGGGUCAGAACCAUUGUGGGUUUCGCGGGAGAAAGAGUGCUCUCAAAAAGAUUAUAUUCCGAGGAAAUUACUGUUUUUCCAAAGAAAGGAUCCUAUAGCAUGAUACCAAAGAAAGUGACAUUUCCAAUCCCAAGAUGCAGUAAUCCACCGAACUCUAGUGGCAGUGAAGUUGAAUCCUCUGAUGGGGCCAAGACGCCAUUUGGAUACUCAAGGAAGGAUGUUUUGUUGAUUGGACUUGGAGUUACUCUAGCUGGCAUUGGCCUGAAAAGUGGACUGGAGUUUUUGGGAGUUGAUCCCUUACAAGCUGGGAACGUUGUUCAGUUGGUGUUAGUCUUGGGCCUAACAGUUGGGUGGAUUUCCACAUACAUCUUUAGAGUCUCAAACAAGGAAAUGACAUAUGCUCAACAAUUACGUGACUACGAAAACAAAGUCAUGGAGAAGCGAUUGGAAGGCUUAAGCGAAGCAGAGUUAGAAGGAUUGCUCGAGCAGGUAGAGGAAGAGAAGAGAAGCCUGGCUAGUAGUGGUGAGCAGGUCAACUAAUAACUGUCACAUAGCUUAUCCAUGUUAUUGUUUAGAAACUCCUCUUGCAGUUAAUGAGGAAGAUAGAAAUACUUUUUGUCUAUACGCUUCAAAUCGUGAGCUUCCAAAAUGGCAAAAAACAGAUGGGGCAUAUCUGCAAUUAUGUAAGUAAUACAUAUGAUUACCUGCUUGUAGAGAAUCAUAAUGUUUUCAGCUACGAAUUUAGAUGGAACUUUGAACGGUUGCUUA